AUGGGAGACAGACGAAUGGAGGUCCUGCCAGCUGGGUUUUCGGACUUUCGAGACCGAGCCUACUGGAAUAGCUUCUUUCAGUUUUUCGACAAGAAAAAUUUCGAGUGGUACGGGAACUACGGGGAUGUGCGGCACAUCGUUUAUCGGUGCAUACGGGGGCGGCUGGGCUAUUUCGCUGGGGAAAGCGGUGGUGAGGGGAGCAAAAACCCGAACGGUGAAGGAGGUGGCCAAUCGGAUGACAACUCGCACGGUGCAUGGGAUCACCAACCGGUGAACAAAAACUGCUUGCUCAUAAACUUGGGGUGCGGGAACUCCCACCUGAGCUACGAACUGUUCCAAGACGGGUUCUCCAACAUUGUAAAUCUGGACUACUCAGAUGUAGUGAUCCACAAAAUGAAAAAAAAGUUCGGAGAUAAAAUGGAGUUCCUAAAUAUAGACAUCAGCAACUCUGAGCAGUUUGAUAAUGUCCUAUAUAAAUUGGAUGAAGAGUCACAGAAAAAAAAAAAAAAAGUGGAUUACAAAAUUUUUUUUGACAAAGCUUUCUUAGAUGCAUAUAUAUCGUGCGAACAAAAUGAGGAGGAAAUUUGCAAAAGGAAUGCCAAGAGUUACUUCUCCACUGUCUUUAAACACAUGAACAAAGGGGACCUAUUCAUUAUUAUCACUCUUGCUCAGUAUUAUAUAAUUAAGGAGGUGGUUCGGAACGUGUACCACGAAGAUAUCAUGUUGGAGGUCUUCCCCUUUUUUUUAAAACACAACACCAGCGAGUUUAAAUACCACCCUUUUGUAUUCGCCUUCUAUCGAAUUCCUAAGGGGAGCAAAAAGUUCCAGGCAUAUAUAGUCAAUCCAGAAAAGGGUACCAGAAAUGUCAUUUCGUUGUGGAAGUUACCCAGUGAAAUUAACGAGACCAGGGGAAAUUUGAAUCUUCAUAUUUUUAAAAAAGGAAAGAGAAGAGUCCUAGACAUUUACAAUACCAGGUUGAACAGGUGUGAUUACAACGUAGUUGUUUACGACUCGUAUAUCGAACGCGCUACUUACAACACAGUCGUUGUUGUUGUCCCGCUGGGGUACGAGUUUCACUCCCUUUACUGCACAACGGAGGGGAACGAGGAGUUGGCUUCCAAGGCCCGGACGAGGAGGCUCCUCCUGGUGAUGAAGUCUAACUUCUUGGCCCCCUCUUGCCAAGAGGGCGGGGUAAAGGAGGUGGACCUUCCUCAGAGUGACAAGCGGGAAAGCCCGGUGCUGACCACCCAAGAAACGCAUGUGCACCAUGGCGUGUGCAAUGGGAAGGAACAAAGUGGUAAGGGGGAUACGGGCGAUGCAGAAGUGAAGGCACAGAAAAUAUACCCGCUCGAGAAUAACCAGCUGAGCGGCAACAACCAACUGCACAGCGAACACUCAGUUAACAUCCUACUGGAGUCCAUCAAAAAUGAGCUCACAAAUAUUUUGAACGAGGUGGCCCUUCCCAAUUCGGACAAUUUCCCCAUCAUGGUGUUAAACGAAAGCGUAAAAAACUGCAAAGUGAUUGCGCACAGGAAGUCGCACUACGCGUCUGGUAUCAUCAUAAGGGACGUCCUCGUAACGGAAGAGUUUCUCGCGGAAAAUUUUAACUCAGAUGAGGAGCAGGACAGGGGCUUCAAAUGUGAGAAAAGUAAAAAGAAGCGCAACGGGCAAGGGGGUACUCAAGGGAGAAGCCAAGAUGCAAACGCACAGAGAAGCCAACAGCACGAUGUGGAGGAAACCCUUCAAGCUAUUCUGAAAAACAAACAGGAGAGACGCUGCUAUUUUGAAAAAAAAGAAAUUUACAAAAGGCAAAUGAUAUUUUCAUACGACCCAUUGACAGUGCAGUCCGAGCUAUACAUCGAAUCGGCCAGCCAGUAUCACAUAAGCUUCUGCUGCAGUCUCUUCUUCGUGAUAAGUGAUAACCACAAGGAGGCCCAUAAUUUUUUCAACAUCUGUAUUUUGGGCGGAGGCACCAAUGUCUUCUCAAACAUACUAAAGUCCAUUUUUGCAGAUUUUAAUUUGCACCUCGACAUCGUCGAAAUUGACGAGACGGUAAAAUCAUUUUAUUCUCUUUUCUCUGAUGAGCAGAUGGAGGAAAAUAAAAAACACAGAACAAAUUACAUCAUUAAGGAUUCGCAUGAUUAUGUAAAGGAUCAUUGUGAGUCUCAAUUUUACCAUGCCAUCUUUAUCGACAUUAACAAUACGCAAAAUUCCUACGUCGAAAUGGAUGGCUGCAAGAUGUACGUCACUUGCCCACACGUACAAUUUUUGGAUGAAGAAAAUGUGCGCAGUGUUAAGCGUCUUUUGAAGGAAAAUGGAGUGCUUGUAAUUAAUGUGUUGACGCGGGAUGGAACUGUGAGGAAGCAUAUUCGUCUCUUCUUCCAGAAGAUCUUCGCGUCAGUCAUUAGUAUCCCCUCCACGAAUAAGGAAAUUAACGAGGUCUUGAUCUGUAGCUCGGAGGACAUAAGCCCAGAAAGGGUUUCUGCCUUCCAGAGGAGUCUCAUCGGAAUGGUCAGAACAAACUACAAUCGAUGGUUCUUAAAUUUUGAUUUGAAGAAUAUUCUCAAUAAUGUUAACAUAUUGUAA